AUGGAUCAACAGUGGAUUUGCAUCCUGGCGAUGCUCUUAUUUAAUAACAAGUUAACUGCAGGCAGCAAGCACAUGUGCAAAGAAGGGCAGAAGGUUGAAAUUCAUUGCAAGCCUUCUGAGGUGGGCUCUAUGAUCAUGUGGUUUCGAGCGCUGGACAAUUCUGGCAUGGAGUUCCUGGCAUCUUUCUCUAACAAUGGCAUGCAGAAGUCACAUAGUGACUCAUUCUCAUCCACAUUUAACGAUCUAAAAAUCCGUGAUGAUAUCCUCGUGCUUCAGGCCUUUACGAAAGCUCGUGACAGUGGUGUUUACGGGUGUGCAACUCUAAAAAACAACGAACUGAAAUUUGGAAAGGUCACCCGAUUGACUGGAGAUAAAGUUGAAGCUUUGCCAAAAGUGACGGUGAGGCCUGUCAAGCUCAAUCCAUCCACAACCACUUUGCCCUGUGUUUGUGAGAUUUCUACGCAAGAUGGCUCCAUGUUGUGUAACCCCAUCAUACUGAUUCCACUGGCAGGCAGUUGUGGCCUUCUUCUGCUACUUAUCGCCAUCAUUGUAGUGUACUGCAAUCGCGUGAGGACACGCAGGUGCCCGCAUCAUUACAAGAGAAAACUGCGGAACAAAGUGCCUCUUGGAAAACAACAGCAGCAACAAAAAUGA